AUGAAUGCAGAUGAGGAAUCACCUAGUAAGAAAAGAACUGAAAAACCAUCUACCGAUAACUUAACUGUUACUGUAGACAAAAUAGACCCUAAAAGACUAGAAAAAGGUGACGAAGAUCCAAAGCCGCGUAUAGUUUUAACGUUUCGUUCUGAAAAAAGUAGCGCAAAGAAUAGCAAUAUGAAGAUCGUUUCGUCUGAAGAAAAACAUGAGGAAACGCCACGAAGGUCGAGUAGAACGCGCGGGAAGUGGGAAUGGAUCUGUGAUAGUGACACGUCUCCGAAAAAAGACAAAUCAAGUACUCAAAAUACUUCUGAAAAUGAUGAAUCAGACAGUUCUCACACUACACCCAAACGUUCAACAAGGCGUCGCAGUAAGGACUCAGACAAUGUCCUAGCGAAUGCAAUAGCAAGAAAAGAAAAGUCUUAUGAAACCCAACAAGCACCGCAACGGUUAUCUCGCAGAAUCAAACCUACAGCUAAAAUACUAGCAAACGAAGAGCUACGUAUUGGUCUUGAAUCUCAAAACAAUGCUCGACUAGGUAUACAAACUGAUAAAUCUCCUGAGGAAGGGGUUAGGACAAGACGGUCAGCCCGCCCGGUUGUUGCUGAGAAAAAAACACCACCUGUGAUGGAUGAUGAAGUAGUAGAAAUUGCUACUACUGAUGAUGAUAGCCAGAGUCAAAAUACUGUAAUGAAGUUGAAGCAUUUAUGUGAACUUGGGUUAAAAGCUAGAAGCCCUGAAGAAGCUGAAGAAAGUGGAAAUGAGAACAGAGACGAAGAAGUAGAGGAGGAAGAAGAUAUAGAAACAGAAGAAAUAGAUGAAGAUGAUGAAAUUGAUGAUGAUCCAAAUGUGAUCAGUAAGCUGUUGGAGACAGAUGAAGAUUCUGAUGAGGACUUUCAGUGUUCCAUAGAAGUCAAGAAAAAGAGACCUCGACCAAGAAGGUCCACUAGGCUUAAUUCUUCAUUUGGGAUGAAUGACAGUGAUGGGUCAUCACCUGCUCUUGAAGAAGAUCUUAAACGACGGCGUUCCACAAAACGAGCUGCCAAACCAAGGCCUGGUGCGCUUUACGACCAGGGUACCUGUGAAACCUCAAGUUAUCGACCAAAGCGCAGGAGGACCAGAUUAGAAGAUGAAGAAGAUCAUUCAGAUUUAGAAAUGGAAGAAACCAGCAACCCUGCUGGCGGUGAUGAGGGCUCCGAAGCGGCCUGUCCAGUUGACGAGUCCGCUGUAAUAGCUACGUGCUACUGCGAAACGCCGAGUAAUGUUUACGCAGCGCCUGAAGAACUUACUGAGCCAGUAUUCUGCCAGGCUGUCGAGAUGGUGGAUGGAGUGCGGGUAGGAUGCUCUCACAGCGCACGUGUCUUGGGGAAGGCGGAGGGUGAGGGGCUGGGAGCCAUGCUGCGCGCCGGGCCCCGCGCGCCCUACUUCCUGGCGUGUACACUGCACGCCGCGCAGCUGGCCAGACACAUGUGCUGCCCCGCCUGCGGACUUUUCUGUACUCAGGGUACGUUCUACCAAUGCUCCUCUGGCCAUCUGUUUCACCUCGACUGUGGUCUCCCAUACAACGACGUGAAAACCAACCGUCCAGGGUGCCCUCACUGCGGAGUGUACUCAUACAGGUGGCAGCCGGCCAAUACUGAGUGUUUCAAGGUCAAGGUUGAGAUGAAGUGCAGCAACAAGAGGAUCUUCUUGCCGGAUCAGAGAGUGCAGUGCACCCCAGCAUACCUAAGCUUCGCAUCUCAGGGCAUCAAAUCGGAACAAGGUCCUAUCAUCCCCAAGGACCUGCUACCCUCACCCCCGAUAGAGCUGAAGCAGCUGUGUCAAACGCCUGCAAAGUCACCAACACAGUUAUGCGAAGCUAUCAUGAAAGGAGAACCUGUAGAUCAGCUUCUUCCUCUACUUGUAUCGAGCAGCCACAUCAACAAGCCGCUCCCGUCGCAGUCGGGCGGCACGUGCGCACACGCAGCGGCCCGGCGCGGACACGCCGCCGCGCUCUACCUGCUGCACUACGCCGGCGCCAACAUCGACGCCACCGACUCCACCAUGCGGACCCCGCUCAUGGUCGCCAUCACUGCACUCUUAGAAAAACCCGACAAAAAGAGUAUAGAGAAAAUCAAAGACAUUCCCAACAAGGACAAUGAUGCUAUGGAGGUGGAACCUGAGAAAGACUCAACUGAAUCUAUCAAUAAGACUGAAAAAGAAGGUGAUGAAACGAGAAAAGAAGAUGAUAAAGAAGUAAAAGACGAUGAUAAGAUUGAAGACACAGAAGAUAUUCUUAAUAAACCUAAGGAAGAGGAUUUGAUCAAAGUGAUUAGGUAUCUUCUUGCUGCAGGAUGUGACGUUAAUUUUCCGGGUCCGGACGGUAUGACCGCCCUGCACCUGUGCGCCCAGCUGGGGGGUGCGGGCGCUGCGCGAGUGGCUUCCCUCUUACUGAGCUGCACCACCACGCUCCUCGACCACAGGGACCACGGCGGGUGGACUCCGCUGGUCUGGGCCGCGGAGAACGACCACACCGACGUUGUUAAGGUGCUGGGCGAGGCGGGCGCGGACGCGCUGUCGACGGACAACGAGGGCAACGGCGUCGUGCACUGGUGCGCGCUGGCGGGGGCCGCGGGCGCGCUGCGCGUGCUGCUGCACCUCGCGCCGCACGCCGCGCGCGCCCCCAACGCGCACGGGGACACGCCGCUGCACAUAGCGGCGAGACAGGGCCAUUACGCGUGUGUCGUUAUGCUGCUUGCUCGUGGUGUCAGAACGGAUAUAGAAAACUCGGCAGGUGAGCUACCGGUGGAGGUGUGCACUGCGCAGUGCCAGAGCGCCAUCUCGCUCAACAUGCAGAUGACCAUCGCCGUCAGGGACAAGCUGUCUCGCUUCAAACUGCUCUCGAGUGAUAUAUCAAAUGGGCGUGAACCGUUUCCGAUUCCGUGCGUGAACGAAGUCGACGACGCAACUUUACCCGAGGACUUUACGUACGUCACGCGACACUUCACGCCGCAGCCCAUCAGCGUAGAUAACACUAUUGAGACAUUGCAGGGUUGCGAUUGCAAAGACGGCGAUUGUUCGUCAGGCGAUUGCGCGUGUUGUACGCUCGGGGUUCGGUGCUGGUACACGCGCGGUCGCCUACAAGCCAACUUCCCCUUCCACGACCCACCUAUGCUGUUUGAGUGUAACCAGACCUGUGGAUGCAAUUUGCGUCGCUGCAACAAUAGCGUGGUGACGAAGGCGACGCUGGCGGGGUCGCUGUGCGUGCGCGCGCAAGUGUUCCGCGCGGGCGGCGCGCGGGGCUGGGGGCUGCGCGCGCGACAGGCCGUGCCGCGCGGCGCGCUGCUGGGCGCCUACUGCGGCGAGCUGCUCGCGCACCCACACGCCGACACGCGCCCCGCAGACCACUACAUGUUCGCGCUCGACGUCAAACGCGACCUGCUCGAGCAAUGCGACGACAAAACGCAGCUAUGUGUCGACGCAGCUCAGUACGGCAGUGCCGCGCGGUUCAUCAACCACAGCUGCAAACCGAACUUGGCGCCCGUCCGCGUGUUCACGCAAACCAGGGACUUGAGACUGCCAACCGUCGCACUCUUCGCCACAAAGGACAUCGACAUAGACGAAGAAUUCACAUUUGACUAUGGUGACAAGUUCUGGUCUGUGAAAUCAAAAUGGAUGAAGUGCGAGUGUGGACAUGUUGAAUGCAGAUAUCCUGUUAAGUCUAAAGAUGACAAUGAAUCCUCUUAG